AUGUCUUCAGAAGCAUCGCUGGACGUGGACCUCAGCAGGAGAGGCCUGAAGAAGCAAUGCUCCUUCACCAUCGACAACAUUCUCUCCAGCCCGCGGGAGAGAAAUCCUCAGGUUCUGGUGCCGUUCUGCCUCCGGGGUAUCUUGGACUCCCCACCUCAAGGCAAGAAUGCCUUCAUUUCAGCCAAGGUAGCUGAACCUGACCUGAACCAAACCUGUAAAAACCCUCGGGGGAGCCAAAGCGAGCUGCAGACCUUCCAUCAGAUCCAGAGGCGGACCCGGCGGCACCGGACUAUCUUCACAGAGGAUCAGCUCCAGGCCCUGGAGGCUCUUUUCCACCAGAACCAGUACCCGGACGUCAUCACCAGGGAGCACCUUGCAAAUCGCAUCCACUUGAAGGAGGAGAGAGUAGAGGUUUGGUUUAAAAAUCGACGGGCCAAGUGGCGGCAUCAGAAGAGAGCUUCUGCAUCAGCACUCAUCCUUCAAGGCACCAAGAAGCCACCUGAGGAGAGCUGCUAA